AAUGAAGCGCAAAAAUCGUAAUCGUUGUUUACGUUAAUGUUGCCUGCUGCAAUUGGACAAAACUCCAGAAAAUAACAAAAGGUCUCGCUCAGGAUUUUAUCUAGUUUCUGCUAAUUCAACGAUUUGUACUAUGCCCCGCCGCAACGAGCUCAGUCAACCGACACCUUCCACUUCAAGGGGUCGGCCAUCGCAGCAACAAACGCCCCAACCGUUUGGUAGCCAAGGCACGCAACCGGCUACCCCAGUAGACAGUGAGCUUGACCAACUGGUCAUCAAUAUGGUGCGUACGGUGUUAAAUCUUUCUGUUAACAAACAUCCAAUCAAAAAGAGUGACUUGGUUAAGAAUGCCCUUGGAGGAAAUGGGCGCAUUUUCGCAAAAAUUAUUGGACCGGUCGUGGCUGAACUGAGUGAUGUCUACGGUUAUAAACUUGUCGAAAUGGAGCAUAACAAGACGUAUCUUCUGGUGUCCAAUUUGCCAUGCGCCUCGAUUUUGGAGCUCAACGAAGAUUAUCGGCGAAAGUACACGUUGCUCUACAUGGUAUUGGGGUACAUAUUUAUGAAGAAUGGCAGCGUGCCGGAGCAAGGUUUGUGGGACUUUCUAGCGAAGCUGAACAUCAAGGAAGAAGAACAUCAUGUUUAUUUCGGAAAUGUGGGCAAAUUGAUAACGGAAACUUUCCUUAAGCAGGCCUAUCUUGUCCGAGUUAAGCAGGUCGUGGAAGGCAUGAACGAUGAUCGUUUCUACUAUAGCUGGGGUUUACGGGCUGAGCAGGAGCUGAGCAAAAAGGACAUUCUAGAGUCGAUCUGUAAAUUGCUCGGUAAGCCAUCGAUUUGCUACGUUACGCAGUACACAGCGGUCUACGGUGAUAGGAUGAAUACUGAUGAUGAGCCAAUGGAAACAUCACAAGCACAAUGAUUUUUUUUACUGUUAGUGGUUUAUAUAUUUUAAGGAUUCUAACUCAGUUAAUGAAUAACAGCCAUAUGUAAUUCAUCUGCCUAAUUACAUACCUAAUUAGGUUUUCGUGUAGUAGCAGCAUCUACUAAUGCUUUGCUGGAUUAAAAAGAAAUCUUGUAUCUUGAAUAGGGCGAGGAAAACUACAUAGAAAUAUGAAAAAUUAAUCCACGCUCGUUGCUAACUUAUACAAAAGAGUAACAGAAAUAUUACUUAGCAAUAUCCAUGACCAAAAAGAGUAAAAAGCCCAAAUUAGGCAAAUAUCCUCUGUUGGCAAGCCUGUUUGUGAUAUCUUGUUAGGGGUUUUUGUAUUUACUAAAGGUUCUUAGAAACGUACGCUCAUAAUUUAUAGGAUACAAUUUCAAAAGGAUAACCAAUAAUUCAUCUGGUAUGUAAUAACUAUGUAAAACAUAGAAAUUUGAUAGUCUAUUUACUUAUA